AGUAUAUUCUUUGUUAGUGUACUAUAAGCGAGUAUUGCGAGUAGGUAACGCAAAGAGUAUAAUAUAUGGGGAAAGGUAACGACUACGAGAUAGCAUUCUAAAAGGGCAAUUUAUUUCAGAAAAGGUUUAGUAGUCUAGAGCACACAAAGAAUACAUAUACUCUAAAAAGAGAGAGGUAUUCUGCUACCGCGUUAUCGGGUGAAAACAAAAGCAGCAAGCAUAAAGAGUUAAAAAUGGCACCAAAUUUCAGUAAAAAUGCAAUUCUAACAGGACUUUUGCAUUAUUACUGUUUAGUUUGUGAAUAUCACUUCCAAAGUGAGGAUGAUAUUGUAUUACAUAUAGCGAAAUUAACUCAUAAGGAAAAUUUGGAAAAGACAUGUUAUGAUAUUGAAGAUGAACGUAUAAGAAAGAUAAAGCAAUGGUACUUUUGCGAGUUUUGCAACGAUUUAAUAAAAACAAAGGCCAAAAUACGAUUGCAUAUUGCUGAAGAUUCACACUUGAUUAACAAGUUUCGUCAGUCUUUGUUACGAUGUGAUUAUGGCAUCCUUGCGUAUGGUGUUAUAGCCAUCAGCAAUAGUGCCUGGAGUGGUUUAUGUGGAGGUACAUGUCUAAUCUGCAACUGCGAAUAUACAGAUGAAAAACAACACAUAGACGAAUCUAUGCAUAUCAUCAAUUUAAUUAAAAAUAACAUUAAAUGCGAUGCUCAAUAUAAUAUCUAUCGUUUGAUUGAUGCAACUUCUUUUCAAUGUUUGACUUGCAAUUCUCUGGAAUCAAUUACAACUAUAAAUUCUCAUUUUACGCAUGAUACUCAUAAAAAAUUAUCCGAAAAUUGUAGACAGACAGCUAAAUCCCUUAAAACUAUGGCCAUUACUAAAAUGUUACCUGCAAAUACUGAAUUGAAUACGAAUAAUUCAACAGAAAACAUUGAUUUGAAUGAAAAUGGUUCAACAGAAAACAUUGAAUUAAAUGAAAAGGGUUCAACAGAAAACAUUGUAUUGAAUGAAAAGGAUUCAAUAGAAUCGGAAUUGAAUGCAAAUAAAAUAGAUAAAUCCAAGGAAGGACAUGAAAUCAAGGAAAGUAAACAGACAAAAAGAAAAACUUCGAGAAAUGCAAAUAGUAAUCAAAAUCCAAUUAAUGUCAAAUACUGCAACGUAGAAGAACGUGAAAAAAUGAUUUUGAAGGUAUUAAAGACGCAGGAUUAUUUUGUACCUUAUAAAAAUGAUAGAAUGAUGUGUGUCAUAUGUGAAUGGUCUAUUGACGCAAGUUGCAUUCAAGAACAUCUCACUGAAUCACACCAUGAAAGUUUGCUUAAACUUCAUAAAGAACGUAUACAAAAAUUAAAGAAUUCUCCACCAUACAACUAUAAAACAAACGAAAGUAACGAAAACGACUCAAAUGUUGACUCUAAGAUGAAUGAUAAAGACACAUCCGACGAUCGUUCUAACAUCUUGGAUUCGUUAGAGUUUUUACAGAAAAACAGUAUCAAUGUUAACUUUGAAACAAAUAACGUUAUGUGCAAGAAAUGCUCAAAAUCAAUUGACUUUAAUUUAAAAUGCAUUAAAAUGCAUAUUAAUAAGCACAAAUCCACCAGUAGUGCAGACACGAUACAGAAAGAACAUGGAAGGUUGUCAAAAGACGAAAUAGUCGCAAAAGAUGCAUUGCCACAAAAACCAGCAGAAAACACAAGUUCCGUAACUCUUAAACAUAAAAAAACGGAGAACUCACCUAGUCAAGAUGACUUGGAAAAAUUUGCAAAAGAUAAUAAGCUGAAAUAUAAGCCUGGAGGUAAAGACGUAUUCUGUGAACAAUGCAGAACUAGAGUGCCACUCACUCUAAACAACAUGAGGGAGCAUAUAAAUGGUAAUGCACAUAAGUCGCGGGAUGAAUCUGUAAAGAAAAUGAAAAACAGAAAAGUGGAAACUGUCGUAAUAACUGAUUUCAUCAAUGAUAUCACUACAGUUACAAAAGACCUCAACAUGGAUUUCGUUAUUAAUGGAGAAUUUUGCAUAACACUAAGUAGCAUGCUUUUAAUUAAACGUUGUGAAAAUUCCUACUCAUUUCAAUGUUUAAUAUGUCAUGAAAUUCUAAAUGCGUCAAGCCUUUUCGUGAACGUAAAUUUUUUAACAGAUCACUCACAGAAGCAUUCAAUUUUGGACAAUAUACCUGUGGUGAGAAGUAUACCUUCAGAGUUUAUUCGAGUGUUAGAGGCACGAAAUUGUUACCACUGCGGUUAUUGCAAUGAUGUUUAUUCUCGGGACAAGUUGGAUGAACACUUACAAUCGAAUGGACACAAAGAACACAAGAAUUUCGCUAUGUAUCGUUUGGAGCAGUACCUACCAGAUAUUGUACUGAAUCAAAGGACACAAGAGCAAGAAAGAUUUUUCUGGAAUGUCCUUUUUAAACAUAUGAUUAUGUCUAAUAUUAUGUCUAAUCAGCAUUAGGACUGUACUACUAAGGACUGGACUAAUAUUAUUAUAUGGACUGGACUAAUAUAAUUAAUUAUAUUCAGACUGUUUUUGAAAAAUUUUCUUCAAAAUUUUUUUUUGUUUGAUAUAACUAAAAAUAUAAUUUCAAAAAAAUUGUGUAAACGUACUACUCUUGGUACAAUUUUUCUCAUCUAUUUUUCUUAUUUUGUUAGUUUAACUUUUUUUAUUUUUCAAGUAAGUAAGUAUUAUUAGUUUUAGUUUUCCAUUAUUAUUAAGGUUAUUUUUUUUUUAUUUAUCGAUUUCUCUCAAAGUAAUAUAAUUUCGUUAUUAUAAUUUCUUAAAAAAUGUUUUUUUUUUAUUUAAUGUUAAGUAUAAUUUUUUUUUAGUUUUCCGUUACUCCUUAUCCUUAAUUACUUAGCUGACUUAAUUUUUUUUAUUGAUGAAUAUUAAUACUUACUUAAUUAAAAUAUAAUACUUAUUUUGAUUUGAUAGUUGACAACUUAAUAAAAGGUUGAUAAAU